AUGGAGGUAAAGCAGCAGGCUCUGAAAGCAGCUUCUGGUAAGAAAUAUCAGAAGCAGUCUUGGUCAGAAGCCAGGAAGAAAUAUGAUGAUACUUCAGAAUUCAAAGGUUCUGAAGAUGAGUCAAAAUCAGAAGAUACUUCUGAAGGUGACUCUGAAAGUGAGUCUGACUCUGAAGAUGAGUUUGAUUAUGAAGGUGAAUCUGAUUCUGAUCCAGAUUCUGAUGAUGAUUCAGACUCGUGUGGAGAUCUAGACUCAGCGUCCAAAGAAGGUUCUGAACAAGUUAAGAGGCCACAAAGAAUCAGAAAUAUUCCAAGAAGAUUUGCAGAGUUUGACAUUCUGCAAGAUACUGAAAUAGACUCUGAGGGAGAAGUCAUUAUGUGUGAUAUGUUAGUAGAUUCUGAAACAGUUAGUGUUGAAGAAGCACUCAAGACGAAAGUGUGGCUGAAGGCCAUGGAAGAAGAACUUAACGCUAUAGAAAGACAUAAAACUUGGGAGUUGACUGAGCGUCCAAAGGACAAGAAAUCCAUCAGCGUCAUAUGGGUUUUUAAGAUGAAAUUGAAGACAUAUGGAUCAUUUGGAAAAAAAAAAAGCAAUGUUAGUGGCAAGAGGUUUUCUACAGAAACAUGGGUUAGACUACUUUGA